AUGCGCCGUCGUGACAUGCACGGACGCUUCUUAUGGCGCAAAAAGGCAGUGGAAUAUUUGUUUGCCAUCUUUUGUUUCCUCACGUUCCAGAUAUUGUUUGGACUUCUGGUUAUGCGUAAUAGUGCACCAUGCAUGGGAAACUUGGCGGUACGGGAUAACACUACUGCCGCAAACACCGUCAGCGGCCCUUCGAGCCAUGAGUACCGUAUCUUUGUCUUUGCAUACGCACGACCAGAUGGACUUAGGAAGACGCUGAAUUCCUUGUUGGAAUCAGACUACUCCAAGGCACCUGUUGGCUCUCUCACCUUGGAGGUGUUUGUGGAUUUCAGAAAAUAUGAAAGCCUCCAGAUGCAGCAGAAGCAAUCCGGCAUUCUGCAGUUUCUCAGGACUUUCAAUUGGCCUUACGGUCAGUACAAAAUACACCGGCGGCUGACAAACGUUGGCCUCCGACUUUCAAUCAUGGAGGCGUGGCAGCCAACGAGUGAUCGCGAGGUGGCCGCGUUCUUUGAGGACGAUGUGGUGGUGUCACCGUACUGGUUCUCCUGGGUAUACGAUGCACUUGCCCACUACGCACCAGUCGGCGCCCAGGGUGCCAUAGAAACUGAGUCCCGCUUCAUUGGCUUUGGUCUGUUUCGGCCCAUAUUUGACGAGCUGUCGAGAAGGCGCGUCCAUGUGAAGAAUGACUACGCCCCGUUUCUCCUCCAACAGCCCUGCAGCUGGGGGGCAGUGUAUCUCCCCGGGCCCUGGCGAAGGUUCCGGGAGCUCUUUGAGAAGGACAAGAACAGGGACCCAAUCUUAAAGCGACCGGAAGGGGCACUGACUCCUGUAAGCAACUCGUGGAAAUACAAUUCCUCGUGGAAGAAGUACCUCAUCUACUACAUGCGCUGGAAUGGCUGGUACAUGAUGUAUCCGAACCUUCCCGAGAAGCUUGUGCUUUCUACCAGUCUUCUACUCCCAGGGGAGCACCCAACACCGCCAAAGAAGCUCUUUUUACUCGACGUGCUUCGGAAGGAGCACCUGGAGAAGGAUUGUGUAAAAGAAUCACUUAGCAAAUUUACGAACAUGAAGGACAUGCAGGUAUAUGACUUAAUGUUUGAUAAAGCACGGACCGUGGACGACCUCAUGCCGAAAGCGGAUGAAGCCUAG